GUGUCAUAUAUGCCACAGUCGAACGGCGUAUUGAUUUCUAAAUAAGGGAAAGUGAACGGAUAUCCUCAGGCUAGUCUAUAGCGCGCUGUCAUUUUUGAGGCGAUUCUUUAGCUGAACGUUUCUUGGUAUUGGCAAAGCACCCACACGUUCGCGGUAAUUGCUCGUGCAUCAGCCUUGAGGCUCGUGUUUCGUGUAGUACAGUCGCACAUGUCGUCGGCGGCGUCAGGUUUAGGUUGCACCAGGGUUUGAUCUUGCCUCGGUGUUUAUUUGUGGUGAUGUAACACCAAGGACUGUGACUUAGUGACGUCAGGCUAUAGCCCCGCUCGCCUUCUUCUAACUGUGCCGAUCGUUCCAUUCGGUUGUCUGUGCUGAGGCACGGUCAGCUGACAUUUACAAUCCACAAACUGUGUACCAAACUCGCGAUUUUGCGAUUUUACAACCCUAGUACUUCCGGCCACCACCAGUGAUCGACACAAAAGUAGAAAGUACGAUUACUUUUACUAUCGCUGUUUAAUCCGGUCGCAAGUGCAAUCAUGGUACGUGAUUUGUGAGUGCUUGUAAUGCGUGGACAGUCGCCAGGGGGGUUUCCCCAACCCUUCGUGCAAAGUCAAGUUAGAACUGAACAUGUCAGGUCGAAUCCUGUACAUACGGUUGAUGUGUGUGAUAGAACUGUUGUCAGGGUUAGACGGUCAGGAAUACAACAAGAAAGAAUCAGGGUGGUUUGCACCACCAGAAGGCAACAUGUCAGUAGAUUGGUCACUGUUACCGACGCAUGUCAUACUUUACCACCUUUCCGGAAACAUGUCACUGUCAUCAGCUUUCCACCGAAAAUGGAAAGGUCUCAGAUAGUGAAUUCAAUGGGUUCAUCUGAUCAGUUUCAAGAACAGACUUAUAUUCAAGCUCCCAGUUUUGUCCAAGCUCAAAACUACAGUACUCCAACCCCCAGUCCUAUAUAUUCUCGUGCCUCCCCUAACAACUCGACGUACGUGAAUGUAUCCCAGCCUCUUCAUAAGAAGGGUUCUUUACGGAACGGAGAUGUCUUGAAAAGGUCGAGGGUUCAGACAACAUACGAGCUGUCGCAAGACAUUCUCGACAAACAAAUCGAAGUGUUGGAACGAAAAUAUGGCGGUGUUAAAGCGCGAAAUGCAGCUCUUACAAUUCAACGAGCGUUCAGACGAUAUACUCUACUUAAAAAAUUCGCAGCAAUUACAGCAAUGGCCAAAGCCGAGAAACGUAUUAGUCGCCGAAUUCCUGCAAAUUCCGAAGACUGUCGUAGCACAAUAGGUGAGACUGAACAAUGUCCUGAAUAUAUGAGGAAUUAUGAAGGACACGACUGUUCCAAUAUGAGAGUUCUUCCAGUUAGAUCGAUGUCUUUACGCGAGAGACGUAAUAUUGACAAUAUGCCAAUACCUAGGAGUCAGUCGGGGACUCCUACAGUGUGUUGGGAGAAUUAUUCCUCAUCCUCUCUUCAACACUAUUAUUCACCCGCUGACUCCAAAUCGGAUUCGAUAGGUACCCAAGUGACUGCAAGUCCCAGUUCUUGUAGUACACCUACAACUUCCACAAACGGCUACGCUCGCAGUCGCCACAGUCUGAACAGUAGAAAAGUACCACCAGAAGUACCUAAGCGAACCUCAAGUAUUACCUCUCGAUCGGUCGGAGAUCCCCGACACCACAAAAGCAAUGGUUUGACUAAAACAAACGAAAAUGGUUCGUUAUCAAGUGUCCAAAGUUCCGGUAGUGACAGUAGUAUAUCGACUGAACGCGUGCAAUGUGAAUUUUCCGGAUCGCCAGUCUGGAAGCGUAAAGGAAAUCACAUUUCGGAAUAUGCCGAACCGGCCUUAGAGACUAGUUUAGGGAAUAUUUCUAACACUAGCGCAUCCACCUACACACUGGAGAGAGCCAAUGAGCAACAAGCACCUGCCAGCUAUAAAAUAACCGAGACUAUAAGAAAACGACAAUACAGAGUAGGACUUAACUUAUUUAACAAAAAACCAGAACGAGGUAUUGCAUAUUUAAUCCGACGAGGGUUCUUAGAGAACUCACCGCAAGGCGUCGCCAGAUUUCUUAUUUCAAGAAAAGGACUGAGUAAACAAAUGAUCGGAGAGUAUUUAGGGAAUUUGCAAAAUCCGUUUUGUAUGGCUGUUUUGGAAUGCUUCGCUAAUGAAUUAGAUUUGUCGGGAAUGCAAGUCGAUGUUGCACUUAGGAAGUUUCAGCAACAUUUCCGAAUGCCAGGAGAAGCACAAAAGAUUGAAAGACUUAUGGAGGUGUUUUCGCAUAGAUAUUGCCAAUGCAAUGUCGAUCUCGUCGCACGGUUAAGAUCGCCAGAUACGAUUUUUGUCCUCGCAUUUGCAAUAAUAAUGCUGAACACUGACCUCCACACCCCGAAUAUAAAACCCGAACGUCGGAUGAAACUAGAAGACUUCAUAAAAAAUUUACGAGGUAUCGACGAUUGUGGUGAUAUUGAUAGUGAUAUGUUGACUGGGGUUUACGAGCGUGUCAAAGCAAACGAAUUUAAGCCAGGUUCAGAUCAUGUGACUCAAGUAAUGAAAGUUCAAGCAACGAUCGUUGGUAAAAAACCAAAUAUGGCGUUACCACAUCGCCGAUUAGUAUGUUAUUGUCGUUUAUAUGAAAUCCCUGAUAUUUAUAAGAAAGAAAGACCUGGUGUACACCAGAGAGAAGUGUUCCUUUUUAACGAUUUGCUCGUAAUUACGAAAAUUUUAAGUAAGAAGAAAUCUUCAGUUACAUAUACAUUCAGGAAUAGUUUCCCUCUAUGUGGGAUGACUGUUACUCUUUUCGAAGCUGCCCAUUACCCUUACGGUAUACGUCUGAGCCAACGUGUAGAUGGCAAAGUAUUGGUCACAUUUAACGCACGAAAUGAGCAUGAUAGGUGCAAAUUUGCGGAGGAUUUAAAGGAGGCUGUAAGCGAGAUGGACGAAAUGGAAAAUUUGAGGAUUGAGGCUGAGCUCGAGCGACAAAAGUCGAACCGAGGGACUAGGACGGGUACCGAAAAUCGGGACAGUGGCGUCGCGGAUGUGGAAGUGUGUCCUUAUCAGUGUCCCUGCUCUCAGAACCAAGCGCUAGGAGGGUCGGAAUGUGCCGAAGAAGUCGGUCACGAUACCCAAAUCAAGCGUUCGGCUCUCAGUAACUCGUUGCUGGAUAUCCACGAACAGUUUGCAGGAGAAAAGGCACAGCGCCGAGGUAGUGUGGGCUCGUUAGAUAGCGGCAUGUCUGUAUCAUUCCAAUCGACGUCGGCUAGUACUUGCUCCCGGUCUGACAAGCUCGCUAAUAAAGGUAAGCCGGGUCUGCAUAACCAUCAGUCAUUCCUAGGCGGCCUGUUUAAUAAGAAACAACAGAACAAUGUGGCCGUGAAGUCGACCGAAGUGUAAAAAAAUCCAAAUAUAUAAGUGUAAUCGGUUCUUUUUCAAAUUUAACUUGUGCAUGUUAUGAAUAACCAAAUACAUUUUCACCAUUUAUAAGUGUUACCAAAUAUAUUAAUUAUGGCUGUCUAAUUUCGCCCCAGUGCGUAAUACUUAAUUUUUUGUUAUUAUUAUUUUUUAAUUUCUUCUUGUUAAUAGAAGAGGCAAACUUAAUGUUUUUUUCUUUACCAUUAUAUUAUAUUCAUUCGCUAUUUUGACAGCUGUUCAACAUUAAGGUUGCCUUAAAUCGGCUCUCUGUCUUCAUUGGCAUUGAACAUAUUGAUAAUUGUCUUCUAAUGUUGCCUGUAAAGGAUUUGUAUAUAGUUAAAUUAUUAAAGAGAGCAACAUGUUCUAGUCGAUUGUAAAUAUGUUAGCAAUCUCUACUAAUGAUAUUAAAUAAUUUAAAUGUA